AUGGUUGAAGCUGAACCUCGAAGUAUUGCCAUUGUGGGCGGUGGCGUCGCAGGAUUGCAAGCGCUCCAUUCAUUGCUUCAGCUCCCUCGAGUGGAGAAGAUUGUCCUUUUCGAGAAGUCAGAUACCAUCGGCGGCGUGUGGCGUGAGAACUACUUUGGCUAUGGAGCACAGGUGAAGCGAGACCAGUAUUCCUUUCCGGAGUUGGGACCAGCAGGCUUGGACCUAUAUCCCACCGGAGCUCAGCUGAAGGCUCACUGCCACGCCUACUGCGAGACCUUCGGCCUAUGGCCCUACAUCCGCCUGAGCACCGAUGUUCAGCACCUCACCCGUCGGGCCGGGCCUUCCGGCUUCCGGGUGGCCUGGAAGAGGGCUUCCGAUGCCGAGAGCGAGGAGGAGGACUUCGACUUUGUCGUCAUGGCUGUGGGGAACUUCUCCAAGCCCUUCAUUCCCGAGCUGAACCACUCGCACUUCAUGGGGAGGAUCCUUCAUAGCUCUGAGCUGGUGGAUCCUGAGAUGCUACAGAACCACCAUGUGGUCGUCGUGGGCUACGGGAAAUCGGCCCUCGAUUGCUUCAUUUUGGCUUCAAAGUUCGCAUCUUCAGCCACUCUGGUGGCUCGACGCCCCGCGUGGAUCCUACCACAGAGAUUCCUGGGCAUCCCCUUGGAAUACCUGGCCUCUACACGCUGGUUCGCACACGUGGUCUUUCCGCCCUACUACAAUGCCAGUCGACUGCGACGGUGGAUCGGAGUCUUCUUGUGGCCCCUUCAAGCACUUUUAUGGUGGAUCUUGGUGCCGAUCUUGUGGUUCCACUUUCGCCUUCCUCGUGCGAUGUGGCCGAGCCAUUCCUUAGCGUGGCAGCUCUGGCAUGGACACUCGGUGUCCAUUUGUGACCCUGCACCACUGAAGGAGGCCUUGCGCCGGGGAGCGCGCAUGCUGCGCGGCCAGCUGCUGGGUCUCACCGGCACCGGCUGCAUCAUCGGGACGGAGAGCGCUGCAUCGUCCGGUGGAGAGGCGCCGGUGUUGCUGACAGCAGACGUGGUGGUCUUCGCUACGGGGUAUCAGGAGUCUUGGUCCAAGCUCUUCGACGAAGAGACCUUGAAAGCCCUGGAUCCUCAUGGUGAAGGCCCAGAGUUGUACAAACUGAUUCUUCCAGAUCUGCCGGGCUUGGCCUUCCUUGGUCGUAUCUUGACCACCUGUGACAUUGUGACCUCCUUUGUCCAGGCCCAGUGGCUGCAGGCACUGCUGGCCCAUCAGAUCCCUCGCCCAGCACCGGCAGUGCGUCAACCGACGCAGAAAAGCUACAGAGAAUGGCGCCGGAGCUUCGCGCCGGUGGUGGGGCACACCAUGGUGGCUGUGCCGCGAGUCUUCGAUUACCUGGAUGAGCUCAUGGAUGACUUGCAGGUCUGGCCGUCCGGCCGCGACCGUUUCCUGGGCCUCUUCCAACCACUCACCGCACAGACGCUCCUCGCGGCGAUGGCGAGGGCGAGGGCGACGGCGAGUCCGGUGCAGGGACGGAGGGUGGUGCCGGUGGCAUGA